GUCGACAAGUCUCGUGCGUUAGAGCAUUUUGGAUGCUUUCAUUGGAAUCGCGCUAUGCUUUUUGAAAUUGUUUUACUAGUUUUUAUAUUAAUUGGUGCAUUUGAAUAUUUUGUUAGACAUGGUAGAAUUGGAAAGUUAGUGAAUAAAAUUCCAGGAGAUACAGUAUGGCCGAUAUUAGGCAAUCUUCCAAGUCUCUUUGGAUCGACAGAACAAGUAUGGAACGCUUUAAGGAACUGGGAUCUGAAGUACUAUCCUAUUUACAGAGUCUGGGCAUUGCAUAAACCUAUCAUGAUUAUUCUCCAUCCGGAUGAUAUCGAAAAAGUGUUUACAAGUCCAAAAUAUUCACAAAAAAGUUUUUUUUACUAUCCACUUUUUGCUUGGCUACGUACUGGUCUGUUAACUAGUCAUGGUGAAAAAUGGCAAAAACGACGUAAAAUGUUAACACCGGCUUUUCAUUUCAAUAUUUUAAAACAGUAUUUCGAGGGUAUGGCUGAACACGGAGAAAAAACUAUGAACAAUCUCAAAUCACAGGAUGAAAGCGUAUACAAUAUAAACAAAUUAGUAGCGGACUUUACUUUGCACGUUAUUUGUGAAACGGCCAUGGGUGUUAAGUUUGAGGAUGAAGAAAUAAUGCAAAAAUAUCGGGAUGGAAUACACUACAUGGGAGACUGCAUUAUUUAUCGAAUAACCAAACCAUGGUUCGCAUCAGAGCCAGUGUUUCGGUUAUUACCGCAGGGUCAGAAAUACAAGGAAUACUUAAAUAUUUUACAUGGUUUCACAAGAAAAAUUCUGAAGGAAAGAAAAGAAUAUCAUGAACAAUCGAACGGACAAUUUUUGCACGACUUAACUGAAAAUGAAUCUGUAAAUCAACCAAGCAAUGAUGUAUAUUGCAGCGGAUAUCGUAAAAAGCAGCUGGCAAUGCUUGAUCUGUUGAUAAUGGCGCAAAAAAACGAUGGAUCUAUAGACGAUCAAGGGAUACAAGAAGAAGUUGACACUUUUACCUUUGAAGGUCACGAUACAACUGCAAUGUCACUGACUUAUGCAAUACUGUUAAUUGCCGAACACAAAGAUGCGCAAACGCGCAUACGUAAUGAAGUUAAUGAAGUAAUAAGUAAAGCUGGAAAAUUAGGAAUGUCAGAAAUACAAAGUUUAACUUAUCUUGAAAUGUGUCUAAAGGAAAGCCUUCGAUUGUAUCCGAUUGUUCCAUACAUGUCACGUAAUAUUACAGAGGAUAUUCAAUUGACAAACUAUCUAGUUCCUAAGGGCGCAGCUAUUCAAGUUAACUCGUUUAGUGUACAUCGAGUACCGGAAUUCUGGCCGAAUCCUGAAAAAUUCGAUCCUGAUCGAUUUUUACCAGAAAACACAAGUAGGCGACAUCCAUUUUCAUAUAUACCAUUCAGUGCCGGACCUCGAAAUUGCAUUGGUCAAAGAUUCGCAAUGAUGGAAUUGAAAACUUUUAUUAGUCUCUUAGUUCAUAAUUUUUAUCUGGAGCCUAUCACAACAACCAGUGAAUUAUCUUUUAUAUCGGAUAUGAUUCUUCGCACUUCUAAACCGAUUCGCGUCAAACUUAUACCUAUUAAAAUAAAACUGUCGGCACUUCUGAGACAAUGGGAUAUAAUGUAUUACCCAAUGUACAAAGUUCGGAUUGCGCAUAAAGCUGUUAUAGUUAUAUUGCAUCCGGAUGAUAUUGAAAAACUUUUUACAAGUGUCAAGCAUACGGAAAAGAGCUAUUUCUAUUAUCCGCUACUUGCGUGGUUGGGUACUGGUUUACUGACUAGUCAUGGAGCUAAGUGGCAGCAGCGACGAAAAAUGUUGACACCAGCUUUUCACUUCAACAUUUUGAAGCAAUACUUCGAGAGUAUGUCUGAACAUGCAAAAGAAACAAUGAAAUCCCUUAAAACUAAUGGCGAAGUUGUAAUAAAUAUGACGAAAUGCAUCGCUAAUUUUACUUUGGACGUUAUUUUAGAAACUGCCAUGGGUGUAAAGUUCACCGAUAGAGAAUUUUCAGAAAAGUAUCGAGAAGGAGUGCAUCACGUAGGAGAUUGCACAAUUUUUCGAAUCAUAAAUCCCUGGUUCGCCUUAGAGUCAGUGUUUCGUUUGACGCACCGAGGUCAAAAGUAUAAAAAGUCUUUGACAGCUCUACAUGACUUUACAAAAAAAAUUAUGGCAGAAAGAAAAAAAUAUCAUGAGAAAACUAAUUAUCAAUUUUUUAACGAAUUCAAGGAAAACAUAUCUGCUAGUACAUCAACUGGUGAUAUAUACUGUGGAUAUCGCAAAAAACGUUUGGCUAUGCUUGAUCUAUUAAUAUCAGAACAAAAAGCAGGGCGAAUAGACGACAAAGGUAUACAAGAGGAAGUCGAUACUUUUACUUUCGAAGGUCACGAUACUACUGCUAUGGCGUUGAGUUAUGCAGUACUAUUAAUUGCCGAAAACAAAGAUGCGCAAUCACGCAUACGCAAUGAAGUAAGUGAAUUUUUAGAUUGCACUGGAGGAAAAUUAGAAAUAUCAGACACUCAACGUUUCACUUACCUUGAAAUGUGUUUAAAAGAAAGCCUGAGACUCUAUCCGAUUGUUCCGUAUAUCUCACGAAAUAUCACAGAAGAUUUACAAUUAACAAAUUAUUUGAUACCUAAAGGUACUAUGAUACAAGUACAUCCUUAUUCAGUACAUCGACUACCGGAAUUCUGGCCGAAUCCGGAAAAAUUUGAUCCUACCAGAUUUUUGCCAGCAAAUGCAAAAGCCAGGCAUCCCUACUCGUAUAUUCCAUUCAGUGCUGGACCUAGAAAUUGCAUCGGGCAAAAGUUUGCAAUGCUCGAGUUAAAAACUUUCGUCAGUUUGUUAGUCUACAAUUUCGAAUUGGACCCUAUUAGCAGAACUGAAGAACUUAUAUUCAAAACUGAUUUGGUUCUUCGUACUACCGAACCUAUCCGUAUUAAAUUAACGCCAAUUAAAAGGUGAUGGUAUUUAAUUU